ACUUUCCCGUGUCAGUGCGGACCGAAUGGUAACGUCGCAGCUGUCUCCAUUUUAUUAAAACAACUGAUUAAUAUUUGCCGUUUCUGCUGGCUCGUAUAAGACAUGGACAUCCUGUAGAAUGAUCAGAAUGAAAGGGAUUCGGAGAAGGACCGUUUUAAAGGGUAUUCUAAGCCAAAGAGAUCGGGAGGAUUACACAAAGUGCCGCUGCCGGAGACAUUGAGUCUUACAUAAAACUAAUGGGUCAUCUAAACGUUGGUCAUGAAUAUGCUUCAUUCGGCAGAAAUCAAGAAACUCAUAAUCAGCACUGACGUCGAUGUGUGAAAAUCAGCUUUCAACUUUUUCUUUCGUUGGUUGCUCACUUGUUUGGAGACUCGUGAUUUCAAAACAAACCCCAACGAACUCAUUCUGGUUUGUUUUGAAGACAUAUUUAAACGUUUGUCUCUCUUUUUUUUUUUUACAUUACAACCUUACAUGAAAACAUUGCUAGAUGUGUUAUGUAUUGUUUUGUCAGAGACAUUUAUUUUAUUUAUUUAUUUUUAUAUAUAUAUUUUUUGCUUUACCGGGAAAUUAACCAGUCAUUUAGGUGUUUUGGUGGGCCAAGCAGUGGUGAAUGGGAAAUGAAUAGUGUUUAUAAACAUUUAGCCUUUGGUCUCAUGUUAUUGAUUUUCACCAGUAUUCCGAUCAUGUUGCAUUAAAGAUGGUGUUUUUGUGAAGUAACUAAAAUAGGACUAUAUUUGGUUAUUUGUAGCCUGGAUUCCACCAAAGCUUUAAACCCGAGCCCUAUACGUUGUACUUGUCCGCUUUCCUAAAAGCGGACAUUUGCAUUUUAUGCGGUGUAGCAGACAAUGGAUGCUGGGAUUCAAAACCACACCGAACAUUAUGUGCACGAUCCCUCCAAACCGACCGCACCGGGAUUGUGUGUGGAAAUGCUCGGGGUUGCGGACGAGGCUUGCCGGGCCGGAGACUUCGAUCUGGCUGCGGAGAUCUAUACCUCUCAGCUCGCCGAGCUCGAGCACACCGACCGUGGCCUCUCCCUGCGGAAAGCUGACGCUCUAGCCCGUGGGGGACAUAUAGCCGAUGCGCUGGACUCGUAUUGCAUCGCUGCAAACUUCCAGGCACUGAGACCUGAUGAACUGCAGAUUUUAGUUGAAGUUAUAGCACAUACGAUCCGCACUAAAGAGCAGAGUGUCAGUAAGACAAUAAGCGGGGGCUCUACCUCAGAAAGCAGAUGUUUUGAGAGCGAUGAGUUAGACGAUGAACAGAAUUUAGACUUGUUUUCAUGCCGCCUUUGCAAGUGUUUAUUGACGGAACCGACGUCCUUGGUGUGUGGACACACUUUCUGUAAGCGCUGUCUGGAAGAUGACCUUACAAAAGAGUGCAGAAGCUGCCGUUUAAAACCCAACAAAUCACCCAGACAAUUUACUGUGGACGGACUCAGAGUAAAUGUUAUUUUCAGUGGCUUGAUUGAAAAAUGGUUUAAUUCGGAAAGCAAAGUGAGACGAUACUGGUUGGAAGGGGAAGGUCUUUGGAAAAAACAGGACGUAUCCAACGCAAUACUGAAGUUCAACAGGGCGAUUGAACUAGAGCCCUGUAUAUGUCAGCUCCUGGCUCGGCGGGCAGAGCUGCUUAUGGAAAUGAAAAAUUUUGGCCAAGCCAUCAAGGAUGGGGACACCAUGUGCCAACUCCGUCCCCAGUGGCCAAAGGCUCACUACAUUCAGGCUACAGCGUUUAGGAGCGCUGGCCGCAAUGAGGAGGCUCUACAAGAGUAUUUCUACUGUUUGGCUCUGAAAUCUGACUGGAUCGCUGUAAAACUGGAGGCCCAAAAGAUCCUGAGUCACAUGUUCUCCUCGGUCUUUGCAAAUAAUGGUCUGGCCACGUCCAUGCAGCCCCUUCCAGCUGGACCCUCCUCUCGUAUCAAACCUUCAUCCCUCAGCUCUCUUCACUCCUCUCUUCCUAGAGAUGGAGCCAAAGCAGGCUGCUCCAAUGAAUCAACACUCAGCUGCAGCAAGUUCAAAGAUGGGAACUCCUCUAUUUUACAAAGAUCUGAAAACAUAAACUCUGUUGGCCUCAGUUCAUUUUUUGUUCAACCAGUCCUAAAAAGGAAAUGGACAGAAGAUGUUAAGGCCUUUGAGCCACCCAGCAAACAGCUUAAAGAAGAUAAGGCAUCUUCAUGUAAAACUCUCCCUACUUUUUCUGGGGGGAGGCAAGUUCAAUCACAGCUUUUGGACAGUGCAGACUUUGAAUGUUCUCUCUGCAUGAGACUGUUUUAUGAGCCUGUCACCACACCCUGUGGACACACAUUCUGCCUCAAGUGUUUGGAGCGCUGUUUGGACCACAACCAUAACUGUCCCCUGUGCAAGGAGAACCUCUCCGAGUAUCUGGCCACUAGAGCAUACAACAAAACUCUUCUAAUAGAAAAAUUAUUGCAGCGGUUCUUUUGUGAUGAGCUAGCAGAAAGGCGAAAAGUAUAUGAAGAAGAGAUGAAAGAAUUGUCAAACUUGAACCAGGAAGUGCCCAUCUUUGUUUGCACUAUGGCAUUUCCUACUAUUCCCUGCCCACUGCAUGUUUUUGAGCCUCGAUACAGGCUUAUGAUUCGCAGAUCUAUGGAAACAGGAACCAGACAGUUUGGCAUGUGCAUUGCUGAUGAACUAAAAGGGUUUGCAGACCACGGCUGUAUGCUGCAGGUGAGGGAUGUCAAGUUUUUUCCUGAUGGACGCUCUGUGGUGGACACCAUAGGCAUUGCUCGUUUCAGAGUGCUCACUCACGGCCAGAGAGAUGGAUACCACACAGCCAAGAUUGAAUAUUUGGAGGAUAAAAAGGUUGAAGGAGAGGAGUUGACUGAGCUCCUGAAGUUGCAUGACUCUGUGUAUGAUCAGGCCUUGGGCUGGUUCACUUCCCUUAAAGAUGAUAUGAAGAACCAAAUCAUCAGCCACUUUGGGCAGCUGCCUGUCAAAGACUCUGGCCCACAGGAUAAUCCCAAUGGUCCUGCGUGGUGUUGGUGGCUGUUGGCUGUGCUGCCGCUGGAAAACAAAGCCCAGCUGACCAUCCUCGCCAUGAACACUCUUAAGGAUCGGCUGAUCGCCAUCCGCAGGGUCCUCAUUUUUGUAACUCGCAAGCGCCCACGAUGAUAAAUAAGGUCUUGGUCUAAAUGAGAUUAUCAACAUCAACCCAUAGCUUGGGAAUGCUGAUUCAGGCUGGGGUCACUGAGGUUUCUUCCAGCGGCCAUCUUGGUCCGUCAUUGCAGCACGCAACCCUCACCAGUUAGUCACCUGUGACAUUGUUCAAUGAAAAACAAAUUGCAUCUAAAUAUGUUAAUUUAGGCUCAUCAGUUGGCAGUGGUGAGCUAAGUUGUAGUCAUGCUAUGAGAGAGAUCAUCAUUAAUGGCCUACAUUAGGAAGUUCUCAUUUAGUUCAGGUGCAGUCAAACCGUUUACCAGUUUAACAGUAGCAUCAAACAGUGGGAAGUUUGUUUUUUAAGCAUCUUCGGUCCUUUGAAAAUAACACCUCUGUUUUGUGCCUAGGUAGUGUGUAUGACUGACCAAAUGCUUCCCAUGGGCUUGCAAAUAUAAAAACUGGCCUUGUGUGUUAGUUAAAAAAAAUCCAUGUGCUUCAGUUUGGAAAUGAGCAGUCACCUUAUUUCCAUAUUGUAAAAGAUGAUUAAAAGAAAAACUAAUUUGACUUAAUUUAAUAUUACAUGUACUGUAACCCUGCUUUCUCUGUAUCUAUGUUUCUUAUACACAUUUAGAUGUCUAGUUCAUUCACAAAACAUAAACUCUGUCAGAAAUUACAACGUUCUACUGACAUCCAUUUAAUUUUCCCCCAUGGGUUUAAAAGGCCGCACACUCCUACCUUGAAUACAGCCUUAAUGAUAUAUAGUAACAACAACAGGAGUUGUUUUUAUAUUUCAAGAGUCUGUUUGUGAUUUUUGUCAUGAAGUGAAUAUUAAUUGGAAAAAAUUUAAACAUUCAGAAUGAGUAAAUUGUAAACUGGAGCCAAAUUGUGUGAAGUCCUACUAUAAAUCAUGUUUGAACAAGGACCAUUUUUAUGCGUGACGUGUAAUAUACAUGUAGAGUGCAAUGUGUGGAUGGGUGGCUUAUGUCUAUAUAUUAAUCUUUAUAGACUAUGAGAAGCCUUCAAGCAUUCAUUCAUUUUCUUCUCAUUGUUCUUUUCUCUGUGAUGUGCAUGUCUUGUGUAUGUCCAUUAUCUACCUUUUCCUGUGCAAAUUACUACUUAAAUGCUGCAUUUUUGGUGUAAAUGUGUAAAUCAAUAU